AAAUAAGGUUUUAAGUUUAUCCUCGUAACAGUCAAGGUAGCCACAUUCCAGUAAAUCCAUAAAUCUGCAGGCAGCUGCAAACACUUGGACGUAUACAUGUGUGAGGGGCCUGCGCGGGAAGUCGACGCCUACCAAUACUAUCAGGGGGAGCGCGGUUCAUUGACGUUCCUCCUGUUAGCACGAGAGGGCGAGUUAUGUUUUACCACAGCAAACGGCAAUAUAAGAACUUGAGAAGAUAAGGGAAAGCUGCAAGAAGCCACUAAGGGAAAGCUGCAAGAAGCCACCAGGCCUAUACGUGGCAUUCUCUGUGUAAAGCAUUCCUACCUAUUUCCACCUGUCAUCACGUGUCCUGUACAAUGAGCAGACGACGCUUAUCAGCUGACAGGGUAAACAUUCCCCUUCCCCCGCCAAGAAUAGACGGCCGUACUGCUACUUAAGGGCGGCGCCAUAUGACCCCAGUGUUGUGGCGACUUAAAUCAAUAAUUUGGCCAAUGCUACCUAAGUUCAGAGUCACAAGAUUACUAGGCUGAGAAGAAGGGUGUUAAGAUUAAGACAACGCAGGGAUUGGCAAAGGUAUUGAUAAUGCAUCUCGACAAAAUGCUGCAUGGUUGAAGAUCAGAGGAAGAAUCUAAUAGGAGCUUGUAAAUAUGUGGCUCCUGCAUUAAUCUGUGCCAUUUCACUCAUUCUUCACUCCAGUGGCAUACUAACAUUUCCCAAGAUGUCUUUGAAUCAUGUAGCAAAAAUGGCUCAACAUAACUGCUUCUUGUACUUUGCCUAUGGGUCUAACCUUCUCAAGGAAAGGAUUCACAUUAAUAAUCCAUCAGCAAAGAUGAUUAGUGUGGGCAAACUCAAGGACUAUCGUUUGGAUUUCAAUCACUUCAGCAAGCGAUGGAAAGGAGCAGCAGCCACUAUUGUGGAGGAUCCUGGCAACUGUGUGUAUGGAGUUGUUUGGGAACUUGCCAAUGAAGACAUGGUCAACUUAGAUAGACAGGAAGGUGUCCACCAGAAAAUCUACCGGCCAUUGGAUGUAAAAGUUGAGACUGAGAAGGGAGACUAUGUUGAAGCUCGAUCUUACCAAAUAAUCCGUCCACUAGAAGAUGACAGACGACCAUCCUAUGUGUACAUGGAUGUCAUCAUUCGAGGAGCAAAGGCAAAUGGCCUCCCUGAGGACUAUAUCAAGUUUCUGGAAAGCAUUGAACAUAAUGGAUACAAUGGUUCAGUGGAAAUUAAUUUACAAUUUGAUAAACAUUAGUUCUGAUUUCCUCUUUCCUUGGAUUCUGAGCCAUAAUCUCAACAGUUUCAUUCUGUGUCAUUGGGAAUAACUUAGACUCAGUUAGGAGUUUACAUACAUAUUCUGUAAUACUCCCAAUAACAUACCUAGCCUCAAGACUCAGUUAAGAAUAUACAUACAUAUUCUGUAAUAUUCUCAAUAACAUACCUAGCCUCAGAUACCUCUGUCUGGGAAUAAGUGCAAUUUUAGAUAUAUAAGCAGUUAUAUACACAUACUCACUACAUUUACUCUUAGAUAAUGUAGAAUGUAGGGCCCUAAGGAUUGUCACAGCAUUAUUAUUCCUUGUUCCUUUACCUUGUUGUAUGGAACACAAGAUUUCCUCCAUUCACACUAAUUUCACAUUCCUCUCAGCAAGCACAGAAAUUAAAAUUAUCUUUUUGUGUAAUAGUAUCAGUAUCAUGUAUGAAUCUAUGGAAUAAUUUUGUCAGCUAUUUCAGCUUUAUCUAUGGAACACUUCUCCCAUACCACAAACCGCAAUUCAUGCAGAGAUGUCUACUCACUGGCUAUGGAAAGAUACCAUUUCAUUUUUACUUUAAGUAAAAAAAAAAAUAUAUAUAUAUAUAUAUAUAUAUAUAUAUAUAUAUAUAUAUAUAUAUAUAUAUAUAUAUAUAUAUAUAUAUAUAUAUAUAUAUAUAUAUAUACUCAUAUUCCGUACAAUAUAACAAUAAAGUGAGAUGCGUGGAUGUGACAUCUCUUACAUUAAUCGACCUUGAAUAGUGCAAACAGUUGUUUCCUAGUAAUGAACAGAGUUUUGCUGUUACUUGAAAUUUAUUGAAAGUAAAUGGUGUAGUGGUUAGUUCAACCUGCACACAGCCAAGAGCUGCCGGGUCCACAUCCCUGCCAUGCUCCCCUUUGGAAUUCAUGAAAACACCUCAGAAAUUUAUCUGGUCAUAGAAUCUGUAACUCUACUCUGGGAGUUCCAUUUCCAAUCUGAGGAUAUUCUCUUUAGUAGCAUAUAUCCAGGACAUUUUUGAGGCCAUGGAAUGAUUGCCUCUUUAGGGAUCCCACAGCAGCAGUGUCAUGCACAACUUUGCAGUUUUAUGACAGCAUUGAAAAAUUGAUCUGAAAGGCAAGAUAAAUUGGUGGAGGAGGGGCUAUCUCUGGGAAUGGAACCCUUGUUGGAUUGAUCAAGAUAAACAUUUGAUGCAUUAUCUUUCAGGCUAAGAUUAUCACCAAUUAAGGUCCAAAUAAUAUUUGAUCAGCCUUGGUUGUCACUACACUUGGUCAUGUAGAAACCAUUUGGACUGCUCUCUUUUCAAGUUAUAGCCUUGUUAACUUAGGAGAGAAUAGAUUCAGGUUGUAAGCCAAGUUGUGACACUGCCACCUGGCAAAAGUGGUAGGUGUAAAGCAAUUCUGCACUCAUGCUUGUGUAUUUACCUAGCUGUAUUUAUCUAGUCGUAAUUUACAGGGCCUGAGCUGUGCUCUUAAGGUCCCAUCUCCAUAUCUACACUUAUCCAGUUUUAUCCUUAAAGUUGUACUACAUCCUCACUUAGCUUGUUCCAAACUUCUACAUUUCUCUGUGAGAAACUGUAUUUCUUCAUGUUACUCAAGCAUCUUCCUUUUCUUUUUAGCUGUGUCCUUGUGUGUAACUGGUAUUUCCUAUUUCUCUUAGCAGCAGUUUCUCAUUAUCUGUUUCUUCCACUCUAUUCCACAGUUCAUAAAUUAGUAUUAAAUCUCCCUUUCUCUUCUUUGUUCCAGUGUUGACAGAUUAAUUUCCUUUAACAUUCCUUCAUAUGCUAAUUCUUCAAGUUAUGUAACCAUCUUCGUUGCCAUCCUUUGUAACCUUUCUAGUUUUUUUACAUGUUUCUUCUUAUGGGGAGACCUCACUGAUUAAGCAUAUUCCAACUUUGGUCUAAUCAAAGUGGUAAUUAUCUUUCUCAUCAUAUAUUUAUCCUUGUAGUGGAAUAUGUAUCUGAAUAUCUUUUCUACAUGCUUCUCUGAUUAUGGACUAUCCUGUUUUAUCACUCUCAGAUCUUUCUCUUCUUGUACUUUUAUUAUUUCUUCAUUCCCAUUUUAUGUUUCUAUUUUGAUGUCUUUUCACUUUUUCUCAUUUUUAUUUCAUGGCAUUUUUUCACAUUAAAUUCCAUCUCCCAUUUCUUACUCCAAUCCCAGAUUUUAUUCAAGUCCUGUUGUAGAAUUUCAGUCUUUGUUGUUUCUUAUGUCUGUAAUUUUGCAUCAUUUGCAAACAAAUUCAUGUAACUCUUUGCAUCUUUAGGCAUAUAAUUUAUGUAGAUCAGAGAAAGUAUUGGUGCCAGCACUGAUCCUUGUGGUAUGCCACAAUCUACUUUUCUCCAUUUCUAUUUUACAUUUUUUACCACUGUUCUCAUUUCUCUUCCCUUUAGGUAACUUUCCAUCCAGUUUUUUAUUUUUCCAUUUAAUCCUAUUAUAUUUUCUAACUUCCGUAAUAGCCUGCUGUGGGGAACUUUGUCGAAAGCUUUUUUACAGAUCUAAAUACAGUUUACCCAUCCAUCCCUCCCCUGUGUUAUAUCACUCUUGAAUAAAAGCUCAUCAGAUUAGUUACACAUGAUUGCUUUUGUCUAAAGCCAUACUAUGUUUCUGUUAUAUGUAUGUGUGUGUGUGUGUGUGUGUGUGUGUAUG